AUGGGUUGCUGUGGCUGUGGACGUUGUGGUGGCUGCGGGGGCUGCGGCUGUGGCAGCUGUGGUGGCUGUGGCUGUGGUGGCUGUGGCUGUGGCUGUGGAGGCUGUGGUGGCUGUGGAGGCUGUGGAGGCUGUGGAGGCUGUGGCUGUGGAGGCUGUGGCUGUGGCAGCUGUGGCUGUGGCAGCUGUGGCGGAUGUGGCGGCUGUGGCGGCUGCUGUGGCUGCUGCGGCUGCUGCGGCUGCUGCUGCCCCACGGUCUGCUGCUGCCGCCACACCUGCUGCCGCUCCUGCGGCUGUGGUAAAGGCUGCGGCUGCGGGAAGGGCUGCUGCCAGCAGAAGUGCUGCUGCCAGAAGCAAUGCUGCUGCUAG